AUGGCUCCCGUGGCUGAGGAACUUGUUCGGAGAGUGCCUGAGUUUGGGGAGCCGUCUAUAGGAGUUGCUAUACACUGGGCCGACCCUAAGGACAUUCUGUCCGUUCUCUUCAUUCUCGGCGGCGAUCUGGUAGAACAUGCGUUUGCUCAGCUUGUUGGAACUCCAGUUCCACCGGUUGCUUUCUCGUUUGGAUGCGUUUCAUACGGUUUGAACGCUGUGGUAUCAGCUAUCGGGAAGAACAGGCUCAUGCCCGACACCGAUCAUCCAUGCAAGAUCAUCAACGGCGAGACAGGAACUUCAUUUGACAAUACCAGCUGGGUACUUGGACGUUUACUGCGGGAUCAUGACUACUGGAAACACAAGGACGUCCACAACCAUCUCAAGGAUAAUAUUACUCGAAAAUGGGAUCAGUUGAAACUCGAUAGCAUAACCACCCAUGGUACUUGUGCAAAUGUGAGACAACCUAAGAAAGCUGGCCUCUGUGUAUCUAUAUACAAGGCCAAGGAGGAAGGCCUGGGUCGACCUAAAAGAGAUAAAUUCGAUUACAGCGGCAUGCUCACCACGCUCCUUCAACUUUUGCUUUCAGCAGUUCCACUCAUGAGAGAAGGCGACUGGUCACCGUUUCUGACAACCUUGACUGGCUCUUUACUGUCUAUCAUAUCAGGUUGUCUGCGCCAAUGGCGACGGGAGAAGUGGCCAUGUUGCGCAAACUCGGAGAAAACAGUGGUUUUGACAAAAGGUGCCGGGUGCCAACAUGCUAUUGUCAUCAUAGGAGACGGGCGUGGCUUCGACCUCGAAGAAAUGGCUGUGGGUUCGGAGGAGAGAGAUUUACCUUGUGACAUCUUCACUAGAGUUGCGGUUUUCAUCCUUGCUGUAUUCUGGGUCCUGCUUGUUAUAUUUGCGGCUGGUCUCAAAACCAAUGCUUGGUAUGUUAUCACCGCAGGCGGCAUGGGAACCAUCCAGAAUGCGUACGUCGUUGGAGGAAAACGCACCCCAGAGUCCUUUGGCCUUCCCUUGGAGUUCCUCGACGUUAUAGGUGAAAUUGGCGUUAUGGAUACGUUGCUCGCUGUGGAAGAGAAAUACCCGAACUUGGGCAGCAGUAUGAUAUCUACCUUUUUCCCGGAUGGCCAGAUGACGGAAGAAUACCAUCUGAAAUGGGAGGCCCUUCGAGCGAGAGCUGCCCUGCAAGGAGGAAAACCACGCCGAAGCCAGACCAUCUAA